AUGGAGCUCUUGUGGAAAGCUCACAUGAGGAUACAAGUAAUUAGAUUUGUUUUUGCUCUCCUUUUGGUAACACUGCUGAGUUCAGAUGAAGCUGAGAGCAGAAAAGCCAACAUUAUUACAACUUCCUUUGAGUACAGUGCUAUAAAUUGCAGAGCUUAUAGUGCUUCAUUGACUGAUUUUGGUGGUGUUGGAGAUGGAUACACAUCCAACACAAAGGCCUUUAAUUCUGCAAUCAAUCACCUGAGUCAAUAUGCUUCUGAAGAGGGGGCUCAGCUUUAUGUUCCUGCUGGUAAAUGGCUUACUGGGAGCUUCAGUCUCAUCAGUCACUUCACACUCUAUCUAAACAAAGAUGCUGUUCUCCUUGCUUCUCAGGAUAUUACUGAAUGGCCUGUGAUCAAACCACUCCCAUCCUACGGUAGAGGAAGAGAUGCAGGAGCGGGAAGGUACACCAGCCUUAUAUUUGGAACAAACCUCACUGAUGUUAUUGUCACAGGGGACAAUGGCACCAUAGAUGGGCAGGGAGCAUUCUGGUGGGAACAAUUUCACAAGAAAAAAUUGAAAUACACUCGCCCGUACCUGAUUGAAUUAAUGUUCUCUGACAACAUUCAAAUCUCAAAUCUAACGCUUCUAAAUUCUCCAUCAUGGAAUGUCCAUCCUGUUUAUAGCAGCAAUAUUAUUGUCAAAGGCAUCACCAUCAUUGCUCCUGUCACAUCUCCAAACACUGAUGGCAUCAACCCAGAUUCUUGCACAAAUACAAGAAUUGAAGACUGCUACAUAGUUUCUGGGGAUGAUUGUGUGGCAGUGAAGAGUGGCUGGGAUGAGUAUGGCAUAAAGUUUGGGUGGCCAACCAAACAACUUGUGAUCAGACGGCUGACAUGCAUUUCUCCAUUCAGUGCAGCCAUUGCCUUUGGAAGUGAGAUGUCAGGUGGAAUCCAAGAUGUUAGAGCUGAGGACAUCACAGCCAUCAAUACAGAAUCAGGUGUUAGAAUUAAGACAGCAGUAGGGAGGGGAGGGUAUGUGAAGGACAUAUAUGUGAAGAAAAUGAGCAUGCAUACUAUGAAAUGGGCAUUUUGGAUGACAGGUAACUAUGGUUCCCAUGCUGAUAGCCACUAUGAUCCUAAUGCCUUACCUGAGAUCAAAGGCAUCAACUAUAGGGAUAUUGUGGCUGAGAAUGUGAAAAUGGCUGCUAGUUUGGAAGGAAUCUCCAAUGACCCCUUUACUGGAAUUUGCUUUGCCAAUGUGACAAUUAAAAUGACAUCCAAGGCCAAGAAACAGCCAUGGAAGUGCACUGAUAUUCAAGGGAUCACAAGUGGGGUGACUCCUCAGCCAUGCAAUUUGUUACCUGAUCAGGGGCCGGAGAAUAUCAAAGCAUGUGAUUUUCCCACUGAGAAUCUACCAAUUGAUGAUAUGUUGGAGCUUAAGAAAUGUACUUACAGCAUCAAACAUGAGUGAGUUAUAUGUUAAGAAGUACCAUAUAGUUAUUUCUUUUAAGGCUUGUCUUCCUCGUAUUAUCCAGAAGUAAUUGCUCAAGUUGAAAAAUGAAUUA